UUUCAACAUCACUUCCGGGUUGACGGGCGACAAGCCACGCUAAAUUGAAGGGUAACAGACUUUUUCCCGUCCUCUUGGGGAAAUUUGUGUAGAGUGUAGAAAACUGAGGUUUUUUAAUCGAGAUGGAUAUUUGCAAUAGUGGACCUGAUGGUUCUGCUGCCUACAAGGUGGUGGCCAUACCUCAGGAGACAGGCCUGAGUCUGAUGAAGUACAACAAGAUUUCAGAGUCGGGAAUGCAGAAGAUGAAAGAUGAGGCAGACAUGCUGUGUAGACUGUGUAGAGGAUUAAGAUCCAAGGCAGUCAAGGUGUGUCACCAUAGCGACUGUCAGGAACAAAAUGGCCACAAGCCGCUGAUGCUGUGUGCAGAGUGCGACAAAACCCUCCAUGAGUCUGGGAGUCACGAGGGGCAUCUACGAUUCGAUUUGCCACACAGGGCUAAAGUUUUCACCUCGGGGUUCCCUCAUGACCUCUCCAGUCACUCUCUGCCUGCGGAGGUCACCUACCUGGAGGAGGAGGAGGGGGAGGAUGAACCAGACACCCCAGUGACCAGUGUCCAGAGGAACGGCCAGGGGGCCAGGCAGGUGUCUGCUGGUACCAGUAAACUGCAGGAGGGGAGCACCAAUGGUCAGAGCUCAGUGGACAUUGAAGAUGAAGGUGGAGGAAGGAUCAGUUAUGAGAGGAAAGGAUCUCUGGACAGUAGAAAUAUGGGGGAGCAAUCACAACAGUCAUAUGGUUCCCUGCCGAGAAUUAAACGCAAGAAAGUUGUGAAGAAGAAGUUUCAUAAUAAUGAGAAACUGGAUUAUGCGGAUCCUCCACAAGAGUUGAGCAAAGCAAAGCAAUCGGAAACUCUGCAUCCCCUCAAAUUUGCCCUGCAUUCCCUAGUAGCGAACUCUUCACAGUUUGCAUUGGAGCAUUCCAUCAGUCGAGAUUGUUUCACUCUGAAGUUUGACAUGUUUGAGGAGUUAGACAUAGAAAUAGUCACCGCAGUGGCAGGCGUGACACUCAGGGAUGCCUUGUUGCCUUUAUGUGAAAAGCGAGCGAUCAUUGUGGACAAGCUGAACGUGUUCAUAGACGCCUCUCACACCCCUCUGAAACUCGAAUUUGAUACAUUCCAUCUAGGAGGAACCCAGCUCACGGUGAAAGGUAGGGACUGGCUUGUCUUGUUUUCAGCUCCCCAUGGUGUUGUGUAAUAUCGUAUCAUAGGGGAAACUGUAACUGGCUCCUGUGUGGCAGUGGCAGGAAUUUGCGAAAAGGACUGUGGUCAGAAUAUUUUCAACAAAGACAGUGGCUGGAAACAGAGGUAAGUUGUAGCUUGUCUUGAUUUCAGUCCACCAUUUGAUAACUGGAUCCUGACGGCCUGUCUUAAAUUUGGACAAGGUAUCAAACACCCCAUCUUGACAGAAGUUCGUUGACCAGCAGGCCUGGAGGUGGAGUCUAUAAUCUCAGAACCCUUCAUCCCCCUGUAUCC